AUGAGGAAAAAGAAUAAUACAAAAAAGAUUGCUGAAAAAACGAACGAAACUAAAAGUAAUAAUACACAUAAUAAAACUACCAAUUAUUUCAACAUAAAUGAAAUAAAAGAAUUAUAUAAUAACAAAAAUAAUGAUAUGUAUGAAAAACUUUUUGAUAACAAUAAUAAUGAACAAUGUGGACGUAAAAAAAAAAGAAAAAAAGAAAAUAUAACAUGUGAAAAUAAUAAUAAUUUACCUUCUAUAUAUAAAAAACAAAUAAAACAAACAAAUGUAAUAUGUAAUAAUCAUAAUGAUAAUAAUAAAGAAAUUAUUACACAGUCAGAAUCAUAUCAUUAUUUAUAUAAUCCUUCCUUUAUUAAAAGAAGUAAAACUAAUAAUGAAGUAAACACAUUAACAAAAAAUAAAAAAAAUAUAAAUAUAAAUAAAACCGAUCAAUGUAGUAAUAAUCAUUUUCCAUAUUCUAAUAGGAUAUUUGAUCAGACAUACAAGAAAUCAUCAUCAACAUAUAAUAUAAAUACAAGGAAUAUCAAUAAAAAGAAUAAAAUUAUAAAUGAAAGUAACAAGAUACAAAACAAUUGUAAUAUAAACAAAAAUUAUAAUAUGAAUCAUUCAUUCAAUAAAUAUGAUUUUAUUAGAUUUGUUUGUUCGCCAAAUAAAAGCAAACAAAAAGUUAAUGAUAUGGAUAGUCCUAAAAAAAUGUUAGAAACAAAAGAAUGUUUUAAAGAAACCAAUUUAAGUAAUACAUGUACUUAUCAAAAUAAUAAGAUAGAUGAUUCUAUAUGCAUAAGAAAUAAGGAAAACCAAGAUAAUUAUAAAAAUUGUAUCAUUCAAAAUAAAAAUAAAGCAAGUACUACUACACAAGAUGAAAAUAUAACUAAACAAUCGCCACAAAUGAAAUGUGAUAAAAAUAUAAAAAUGGAUAAACAUGUCCAAGCUCAAAAAAAAAAAAUACAAAACUGUUCAAAUGAAGAUAUACCUCUCAUAGAUCUAAAUGAUGAAGAUUCAAUAAAUAAAUUAAGCAAAAACUUUUUUAUAAAUAACAAGAAAAUAUUUAUAAAUGAUAUUAGUAAGGAUAAGAUAUCAAAAGAUUCAGUAAAUAAAUAUUAUGAAUAUGGAAAUAUAUCACCGUAUAAAUUGGGAAGUCACUAUAUGGAUCAUUUGUCAUGUCAUAAUAAAGAAGGAAAAAAUAUAAGCACAACUACUACGAAUAGUAAUAAUAAUAAUAAUAAUGAUGAUAAUAAUAACAAUAAUGAUAAUAAUAAUAAUCAUAAUAAUAAUAAUCAUAAUAAUAAUCAUAAUAAUAAUCAUAACAAUAAUGAUAAUACCAUUGGUACUAAUAUAUAUAAACAUCAUAAUAAUGUAAAUUAUAAUAAUAACCAUAAUAUUAAUGACAAUAUUAAAAUCAAUAAUCUUAAUGAUUUAAAUGUUCAUGAUAAUAAUUAUUUCCCAUAUGAUCAUACUAUUCAUCAUCUGGACGAUAAUGUAAACAACACAUCCGAUAAAAUUAAAACAAAGAAAAAUUUAAGUACACUAAAAAAUGUAAAUAUUUACGAAUCGAAUGUUCAACCCUACUCUUAUAACAUGUUUAGAGAUAAUAACAUGGAGAAUGAUAAAUAUAACAUAUACAAUGAUGAUAAUAAAAAUGAUCUACAUGAAAAUAUGAAUGAAUAUAUAAAACAAAACUAUAAAACAACCAAAUCAUUAUAUAGCUAUUUAGAUUUAUCAUAUAAUUGCUCCAAUGAAGAAAUAAAAAAAGCAUUUAAAGAAAAAAUUAAAGUGUGCCAUCCAGAUAAAGGUGGAAAUAUUAAAGAAUUCUUACAACUAAAAUUUUCAUAUGAUAUAUUAAGUAAUAAGAAAAAAAGAAAAAUGUAUGAUAAAUAUGGAAAUAGUAUAUUAGAAUUAUUAAUAAGUGAUCAUAUUUAUGAUUAUAAUAUAUCAUCUGAUGAAAAAACUGAAGAAGAAAUUAUCGAUGAGGAAUAUAUUAAAAUAUAUGAAUUAUUUGUACAAAAAUAUCAUAAUAUAUCAUAUUUACACAAUUUGUUAGAUUUAAAAAUUACCAAUUCUCAAUAUAAUCAUUUCCAAAAAUUAAUUUAUCAUUUUUGUAAUAUCGAUACAAAUAUAUUUAAAAAUAUUUUAUAUUUAUAUCCUAUAUAUUCACCUAAUAUAUCUACCUAUAAUAAAAAAAAUACGACUAAAAAAAAUGAAAACCUAAAUAAUAGUACAAUAUCGUUUCAAGAACAAACAAGUCAAUAUUCACAAGAAACAUUAUCUGAAAAUUCUUCAAGUAGUCUUGAGGCAACAAAUAAAGAAAUAACCAUUUUUGAUACUAUUGAAAAAAAAAACUUUGGAAAUUUAUUUCUAGAAAUUAAUAAAGACUUUGACCAUUUUUACAAAAAUUAUUUAAUACACAAAAUGAAGUCAACUAACCAAAAAAAUGAACCUCAAGGGAUAAAUGAAAAUAUUCAAAAGAUAUAUGAACAUAAUGGCAAGGAUAACAUCUCACAUAACUUAUAUGAUUAUAAUAAUGAAAUGGAAACCCCACUAAAAUCUACUCCUAUGAAAAAAAAAAACAUAGAAAAUGUGGAAAAUAUACAAAAUGUAGAAAAUAUAAAAAAUGUAGAAAAUAUAAAAAAUGUGGAAAAUACACAAAAUGUAGAAAGUACACAAAAUGUAGAAAAUACACAAAAUGUAGAAAAUAUAAAAAAUGACGCUUUUUUUAAAGACAUACAAGUAUCUCCAGUUGUCUAUAAAAUUAUUAAUGAAAAGAAUGAUAAACUUAUGGACGACUUUUAUAAAUGGUUUGAAUACUUUUUUGAUGAAUCAGAAAAUGAUAAACAACCAAAUACUCAACAACAUUAUGAAACAAAUAACAUAGAUACUGAUAACCAGAGGAACAAAAAUAACGAAUGUAAUAAUACAUUUUAUGAAUACAUACCUAUAGGAGAAAAAAGGAAAAAUAUAACAAAUGAUUAUAAGAAAAAUGAUUGUACUCCUAAUAACCAUGUACCAUACAUAUAUGAACAUGUGAAUAAACCAAAUAUAAAACAAACUAACUAUUAUGUUUUAGAUGAAAAGCAAAGUAUACAUGUUAAUUUAUCUAACAUAUAUCAACAUGAUAAUAAUUUUUAUGAUUUAUGUAAUGAAACACCUCAUCAUAGUAUUAAAAAAAGCAAAUCAAUUAAAACUCCCAUUAGUUAUAAAAAGAAUAUAGAAGAAUAUCAAAGAAUAGCUUGCUCUUCUUUCGAUAAAAAAACGUUUCAUUCAUCUUAUAAUUUACAUAAUAAAGAACACAAAUACAUAAACCAUCCUUAUUGUACUCCCAUAAAAACAAAUAUAACAACAAAUAAAUUAUCACCUUAUAUGUAUGCUGAAGAAAACAGUAAAAACAAAACAAACCACAAUCAUAUAUAUAAUUGCACAUUAAAUGUUGAGGAAAAAUAUGGAUUUAAUUUAUUUAAAAAAAGUAAUCAUAAAAUAAAAGACUUAACACAUGAUUUUAAUUAUAUUUAUAUAGGGAACAAUAUAAAUAAUCAAAUACAUGUAAACCCAAAUAAUGAACAGAACACAAACAAAAGAAAAAAAAUUUUUUUCUUCUUAUUUAUAAAACAAGAAUGUAUAAACAAUUUUUUAAAAAUCAAAUUACUCAUACAUAAAAUGAAAGAAAAAAAAAACAAUCUGAAAUUAAUUUCCUUGUUUCAAAAUCAAAUAGAUAAAUAUAUGAAAAAUAUGGAAUAUAUAUUAUUAUUAACAACACAUAAAGAAGAAUUGAUACCAUUAAAUGAUUUUUAUCUUUUAGAUAAAAAUAUAUAUACAAAACGUUUUUAUUGUAUACCUAUAUAUAUAAAAAAAAAUAAUAUUCUCAUCAGACCAAAUUUUUUCCAUAUUAAAUGGAUUGUAUAUACACUACAAUCAUUUAUAUUUUAUAAUUUCUUUUUUAAAAAAAUUAAUAAAUAUAUGUGUACAUAUCCAUUCUUUAAUUAUAAAUAUACCCAUUUCAAAAAUUAUAUAAAUCAACAUAAUCAACAACAAAAUAAUGAUGAAAAUGAUAUACAAACGUAUAAUACAAAUUUUUAUGAUUACUAUAUUUUUUUCCAGCAUUAUAUAAUAAAAAAUAAAAUCAAAUAUGUAAAACAUUUCCCUCAUCAUCUCAUGUUAAACUUUAAAGAUCUACCAUCAACAAAUAUGAAGGAUUACAAAAAUGUCCAUAUACACAUAUCAUCCAUUUUUGUUUUAACACCAAACAAAAUAUAUCCAAGUGUAGAUAAUUACAUGUAUUAA